AUGAUGAUGACGUGCCGUCUGCUGUGCGCCUUGUUGGUGCUCGCCCUGUGCUGCUGCCUGUCCGUGUGCGUGAUGGCGAGUGAAGUUGAUCUUCCUGAACUCAUUCCGGACUCUGGUCCAGAAAAGGGACCAGUUGGGGCGGAAGUUAAGCAGAAGGGAACAGAAGCGGACCGAGAACUGGGGAAAGAUGCGCCAAAGGAUCAAGUUGGGAAGGAUACGCAAAACAUACAAGGUCCGCCAGCCGCUUUGGAAGAGGAACAAGAUGGUGAUAAGGGUCCUGGUUUAAAGCUAUCUAGGUCGAACGCAGCAGUUUCAACCGAUAAGUCAGAUUUAACAGGUUUGGAAACCAUUAUUCCAGUAGUAUUAAGUCAGGCGAUCGGUACUUCAGUGGGAAUGAGUACGACCGAUGCGCAGGGGGUGGUGGGUAAUACAGUCGGUGCCGCAAAUGGAUCAAAGGGGAAGCUUCCUGAGUCAGAAACACAAGGUACGGUGACCGUGGCGGGGUUACAAGCUCCGACACAGGCGAAGGAAACCGUUGGAAGUAAAUCCCCGAAUGGAUCAGAAGGAGUGGCAGAUGCGCCAAUUACUACAACGAGCACCACUAGUACAACGGCAUCAGGGUUACAGGUCCAAAGCAAAAAAGAAGAGGAACCAGUUAUUACGAACGGUAGGGAAAACACACAAAGUACGGUGUUCAGUAAGGUGUCCAACAGCCAAGUUGCAUCAGUUGUGUCUGGUCAUUCAGGAUCACAAGUUCCUGGCGUUCUGCUACAGCGACCUACUUUACAAACCGUUAAGUCAAGGGCGCAAAGUGUGACAAUUCAUUCCGAAAACGGACAAGAAACGAAGACUAUUGCAUUGAAGACCAGUACGACCACAACAGAGUCGCCAACUACGAAGACCACCCGCGCACCGUCACGUCUCCGCGAAAUCGACGGCAGCCUCAGCAGCUCUGCGUGGGUGUGUGCCCCGCUGCUGCUCGCCGUAUCCGCGCUGGCGUACACCGCUGUGGGCUGA